AUGAGCAACUUGCAAUAUACUUCACAAUUUACUGAUGGAAUAAGUGAUGAGAAUGCAGUUCCCUCCAAUUUCAAACACCACGCCUCUGCCGAAACAAGGCCUUUUGGCCACAGAGUUGCUUUAAGUGAUGUCACUUCGCAAAUAAACAGGCAACAAUUCGAUCAAACUUCCUAUAAAACCUCAGUUUCCCACGGUGGGAGACAGUCUCAAGGUGAAGAAAGUGCUUUUCAAUUUUCCAAAGGAUCUUCAGAAGAUGAGGAUGUGAUACGAGAAAGCUAUGACGAGGAUUCCCUGACGGAAGAGGAAAACGAUAGGACCUUAUCAAGUACCACCUAUGUUGCCAAUGACGUUGCUUCAACAACGAGCCGUGCAAUUCGUGAGCAACCAGAACAAAAUGAAAACUACGAAACCUCCCCCAUUGAAACAGAUGAUGAAUUCUCAGAUAUAGAACCUUUGACCUUAAUAGUUAAUGAUCAAACCAGAUAUGUUGUCCAAGCAGCAUUUAACGAACUUCACAGAAGCACACCAGAUCCUCUAGACGAGGAUACCUAUGAUUUAGUGAUGGUCGUUGAAUAUACAUGGGAGAUUUUUGAAUAUUUACACACUCUAGAAGAAAGAUACAGACCACAUCCACAGUACAUGAAUUUUCAACCCGAAUUAAAAUGGUCUUACAGAUCUACGCUGAUCGACUGGAUCGUUCAGGUACAUGUAAGAUUUCAACUUCUGCCGGAAACUCUUUACUUGACGGUAAACAUUAUUGAUAGGUUUUUGAGCAAAAAGACUGUAACGUUAAAUCGGUUCCAGCUGGUUGGAGCUGCAGCUCUUUUCAUUGCUGCUAAAUUUGAAGAGAUUAAUUGCCCGACGGUCAAAGAAAUUCUGUACAUGUUGGAUAACUCUUACACAAAAGAUGAUCUUCUGAAGGCCGAAAGAUACAUGAUUAAUACGUUGGAGUUCGAGUUAGGCUGGCCGGGACCAAUGUCUUUCUUGAGAAGGGUCAGUAAAGCAGAUGACUACGAAUAUGACAUACGAACUCUGGCAAAAUACUUAUUGGAAACCACAAUCAUGGAUCCGAGACUUGUCUCAGCGCAACCGAGCUGGCUAUCUGCUGCUGCCUAUUAUCUCAGUAGGGUAAUACUAGGCUUUAAUGAAUGGGCAAAGGAACACGUAUAUUACUCAGGAUACACCGCAGAGCAACUUUUACCUUUAGCAACCGUUAUAUUAGAAAAUUGUCGAUAUGCAAGAAGGCGUCAUCAAGCAAUUUUCGAAAAAUAUUCUGAGCGUCGACAUCGUCGUUCCGCACAAGCAGUUGCAAGAUGGAUUGCCUUAGCAGAGCAACGUAUAGACUAA